UCUUCGUUUCUCUAUUCACAGGGCAAGCAAGAUGGAGGAUAUUCGUGUUCGACGCGUUGUGCAAACUGAAGAUUUAUCAAAUGUUGAGUUUGAGACUAGCGAAGAUGUGGAAGUUCUUCCUACUUUUGAUAGCAUGGGCUUACGAGAGGAGCUCUUGCGGGGAAUAUAUGCUUAUGGAUUUGAAAAGCCUUCUGCAAUACAACAAAGGUCAAUAAAACCUAUUGUGAAGGGAAGAGAUGUGAUUGCACAAGCUCAAUCUGGAACUGGUAAAACAGCAACAUUUUCCAUAGCUAUUCUGCAGUCUUUGGAUACAACAGUUCGUGAAAGUCAGGUGUUGUGUUUGUCACCCACGCGAGAACUUGCGACUCAAAUCCAAAAGGUGAUCCUUGCAUUAGGAGACUUCAUGAAUGUACAGUGCCAUGCUUGCAUUGGUGGCACAAACCUUGGAGAAGAUAUCAGGAAGCUUGAUUACGGGCAGCAUGUGGUCUCGGGAACACCUGGGAGAGUUUUUGACAUGAUUAGACGCAGAGUGUUGAGGACUCGUUCAAUAAAAAUGCUUGUUCUGGAUGAAGCUGAUGAAAUGCUAAACAAGGGUUUCAAGGAACAGAUAUAUGAUGUGUAUCGUUACCUUCCUCCAGCAACACAGGUUGUUCUCAUUUCUGCCACCCUUCCUCAUGAGAUAUUAGAAAUGACGAGCAAAUUUAUGACAGAUCCUAUUCGAAUCUUGGUGAAACGUGAUGAAUUGACACUGGAAGGAAUAAAACAGUUUUUUGUGGCAGUAGAACGAGAGGAGUGGAAAUUUGACACAUUAUGUGACCUGUACGAUACGCUGACCAUUACACAGGCAGUUAUAUUUUGCAACACAAAGCGGAAGGUUGACUGGUUGACAGAAAAGAUGAGAGAAGCCAAUUUCACAGUUAGCUCAAUGCAUGGCGAUAUGCCACAGAAGGAACGAGAUGCUAUAAUGAAAGAAUUUCGCUCGGGGCAGAGUCGUGUUCUUAUCACUACUGAUGUUUGGGCUCGAGGAAUUGACGUACAGCAAGUUUCCCUGGUUAUAAACUAUGAUUUACCAAACAAUCGAGAAUUGUACAUCCACAGGAUUGGUCGAUCAGGUCGUUUUGGCAGGAAGGGUGUUGCCAUUAACUUUGUAAAGAGUGAUGACAUCAGGAUUCUUCGAGACAUCGAGCAGUAUUACUCUACACAGAUUGAUGAAAUGCCAAUGAAUGUUGCUGACUUGAUUUGAAUGCUGCAUAUCAAACUUCAACUUUUUGUGCUGAAAGGAGAUUCAUCGUGAAGAAGAUUCACUAUUAAAUCCAGCACUAAAUAUUUGUAUUUUGUAUCUCUUUCAUUGUAACUAUGACAUUUUUUUAAAAUAGUGUAUCCACUGUUCCACCAAGAUUCUGUGUUUUAGAAAAUUUCUUCUUUAUGUGGGACUUCAUUAUUACUUGUAAUUGGAACACCCAGUUCAUGCCAUUCCUACAAACACAUGGGCAUAUACUAGUAAUCUUUACCAUCAGUGACUUCUAUACAAAGACUGAAGUACUGACAUAAUGAGACUGCUACUGUAAACAGUAUGAGGCAAUAUAUUAAAUGGCUCUUCUGCUCAGUUUAUGUGUAUUAAGCAUAAUUAUCCAUUGAAAUCUGAAGAAUAUGGACAGCUCUGAUACCAUUUCCAAAUUAAAUAUUACGUAUUUAAAGGACCCUGAUUAACCCAUUAAUGAUGCCAUGUCUUUGUGUUCCCUAAAAUGACUCAUUUUGAAAUUUGAAUAGCUUUUGGUCUAAUGGAUGAGUUUGUUCACAAGUUUUGGUGAGACAGGAUGACAAAGAUCUCUGGUAAAUUAGAAUUUUGUGUCUUCACACUAUACUGAAACUCAAACCAUAUUCACACUUCUGUACACUACUUUUUUGCAAUACAUCUUGUCCACCUUCA